GCCGCGGAGUAAGGAGCGUCGACGGCCUGCUGUCUCCCUCCAGAGAGGCGCGCGUUUUCCGGCCUUCCGCAUCGAUUCUUAUCGUUAGACAAAUUGAAUUAACUCGAUUGCGAUUACCUGUGGUCGGUUCGCAGCGCGUUAACAUGGUCCGCUUGGGCCACGGUUAAACUCGUGCGGUGUCCAGGAGAUUUUCCAGGCGACCACUCGGAGGUCGAAGACGCUUCCCGACGUGACAGCUUCGGAAGAAAAAAAAAGACUGUCAACAUGGUGUACCACUGGCAAAGUCAAAAUGUCAAGGUCUCGGGGGUGGACGACAUGGUCCUGCUCCCGAAAGUCACCGAGGACGCCAUUAUGGAGAACCUCAAGAAGCGGUACAUGGACGACUACAUCUUUACAUGCAUCGGUCCAGUCCUCGUAUCGAUCAACCCGUUCAAGCCGAUGCCGUAUUUUGGCGACAAGGAGACCGAGAUAUACCAAGGAGCGGCACCGUACGAGAAUCCUCCUCACGUUUACGGAUUAGCCGACGAGAUGUACAGGAAUAUGCUGAUCGACAAUGAGAGUCAGUGCGUCAUCAUCAGCGGAGAAUCUGGAGCUGGGAAGACCGUGGCAGCAAAGUACAUAAUGUCCUAUGUGGCUAAAGUAAGCGGAGGUGGUGAUAGAGUGCAACGCGUGAAGGACGUCAUCUUGGAAUCAAAUCCACUUCUGGAAGCUUUCGGGAACGCCAAGACCGUUAGGAAUAAUAACAGCAGUAGAUUUGGGAAGUACGUAGAGAUGCAAUUCGGUGCUGGAGGUCAACCUAACGGCGGUAAAAUCUCGAAUUUCCUGCUGGAGAAAUCCCGAGUCACGUGCCACAAUCCAGGAGAAAGAAAUUUCCAUAUUUUUUAUCAACUCACUACCGGCGCCAAUCAUCAAAUGAAAACUGAAUUCGGGUUAACAGACCUUGAGUAUUAUAAUUAUCUAAGUUAUGGAGGUAAUCACAAAGUGGAUGGUACCAAUGAUGCGAGGGACUUUCAGGAGACUUUAAAAGCGUUGAGUGUUAUGGGAAUGCAAGAUAGUGAUGUAACCGAUAUCUUUAAACUGGUGGCUGGGGUACUGCAUAUUGGAAAUAUUCAAUUCUCCGAAAACGGGAAUUAUUCUCAAGUCGCAGAUAAACAGCUUCUGGACUUUCCCGCGUAUCUUUUGGAAAUAUCAGCAGAGCAAUUGUCGCAUAAACUGACAUCACGGGAAUUUGAAUCGAAAUGGGGCAGUCAAUCGGAAAGCGUGGAUGUGACAUUAAAUGUGGAACAAGCCCUUUAUACUCGCGAUGCGUUAGCGAAAGACAUUUAUGCCAGACUUUUCGACUAUCUCGUGAAAAGAAUUAAUGCCGCCAUGGAAACAAAUGCAGAUGGUUUUAACAUCGGUAUUCUGGACAUAUACGGAUUUGAAAUUUUCGAAAGGAACGGCUUUGAACAAUUUUGCAUAAAUUUCGUGAACGAGAAGUUGCAACAAAUUUUCAUCGAACUUACCUUGAAAGCAGAGCAGGAAGAAUAUGUCGCCGAAGAUAUAAGAUGGACACCGAUAGAUUAUUUUAACAAUGCUGUGGUGGUUGACUUACUCGAAGGCAAAAGACCUCCCGGUUUGUUUCUUAUCCUGGACGAUGUCUGCGCAACUUUACACGGAGGAAGUACGGGAGCGGACCAUGAUUUACAAAAGAAGCUAACUGGAGCAGCACAUAGUCAUGCCCAUUUCCAAAAUACCAGCGAUGGUUUCGCAAUCCUCCAUUAUGCCGGAGUCGUGUCGUACUCGGUGGAUGGAUUUUGCGACAAAAAUCGAGAUGUCCUAUUCCUGGAUCUGAUCGAACUCAUGCAAACCAGCUCGAAUCCUGUGCUUCGCGCUUUGUAUCCUCGAGAACCGGAAGCCAGCAAGACCAAAACAUUGAAAUCCAGACCUACCACGGCCGGAAGUAAGAUUCGAAAUCAAGCGAGUCGAUUGAUGGGUCAAUUGAUGAAGUGCACGCCUCAUUACAUCCGAUGUAUCAAGCCAAACGAGACGAAGAGGCCACGAGAUUGGGACCAGCUUCGAGUGAAGCAUCAGGUGGAAUACCUUGGCCUGAAAGAGAAUAUUCGAGUCCGCCGAGCAGGCUUUGCAUACAGAAGGCCGUUUUCAAAAUUCCUAAACAGAUACGCUAUCCUGACGAAGGAAACGUGGCCGUUCUGGAACGGAAACGAGAAACAAGGAGUCGAGUGGAUUUUGGCGAGUGUUCACAUCGACAAACCGCAAUAUCAAUUGGGGAGGUCGAAAGUGUUCGUCAAGGCGCCGGAAAGUCUCUUCAUGCUGGAAGAGGCGAGGGACCGAAAGUACAAUACCUAUGCCCGAGUCAUACAGAAAGCGUUUAAGAAAUACUUCGCCAGGAAGCGGCAAGAGAAACAGAAAGAGGAAGUUGCCGACCUCCUCUUCGGCCACAAGCAACGGAGACGAGCGAGCCUGAACAGGAAUUUCGUGGGUGAUUACAUCGGGCUUGAUGCUAAGCCGCAAACUAUUAGCUUGAUUGGUCGGAGGGAGAAGGUGUACUUUGCGGAAGUUGUGAAGAAGUACGACAGGCGGUUUAAGAUGUGUCGCAGAGACCUGAUAGUGACCGGGAAAUGCGUUUACCUUAUUGGCCGAGAACAAAUUAAGAAGGGGGCUGAUAAGAAUAAGUCCGUAGAGGUCGUUAAACGGAAGCUUCCCUUCGAACAAAUCAGCCACGUUUCCUUGAGCCAUCUACAGGACGACUUUGUGAUUAUACAUACCAAGGAAGAUUACGCCAGUCUACUGGAAUUGGUAUUUAAGACCGAGUUUCUGUCCGUCCUGAGUCAGAAUUAUCUUGGAGAAACCGGACAUCCUUUAAGCAUUCGGUUCAGUAAUAAUUUGGAAUUUAAAGUGAAGAAGGAAGGUUGGGGUGGUGGAGGUACUCGGCAGGUGAAAUUUAUCCAAGCAGAAUACGGCGAUAAAGAGAUGUUAAAACCCAGUGGAAAAAUGCUAAAUGUCAGCAUCGGACCUGGCUUACCCAAUACUUCCAGACCAAGCGCAAAUCGCUCGUUAGGUUCUACAUCUGCUAGACAAAUGUUAUCUCGUCCUAUCAUGCAAUCGGCCGAAGUAACGACGAAGACCCCCACAAGACCUGCUCCAAGACCAUCUUUGGAGUCGCAACGAUUUGCUAAUAUAUCAAAUCAGUCGACAACAAACAGUCAGAAUUCAUCAUCAAGGUUUCCUGCCCCGACCGACAGGCCGACUCUAUCUCCACAAUCACCGAAGAGAAUAAAUCCAUUUUCCACGAAUCAGGUGCCCAGUGAAAGACCAAAUCUGCCAACGAAUCGGCCGCAGCAUAACACCGUUUCUGCCCAGAAAGAGAAGCCUCUCUCGAAACAGCCGAACAAAUUGCAGAAUUUAUCAAUGCCGGUCAUGGGAAUGUUCACGAAUCCAGGAGGAGGUCCACGAGGACUUCUAAGAGCUCCUCCACCACCUUCCGAGCCAGCUCCAACGGCGCAACCAACGGAACACACAGGAUUUAGAUUACCGCCCGUCGCAGGCGAUAGCUAUACCAAAAAUGACGACAAAAGUCAGCAAACAAAUGCACAGAACAAGGCUCGCGGUGGACAGCCCGUACAGAACAACGGAAGUAGUAAUAAAAAUUCAAUAGAGUCCAAUAGACCGCUCCCGAUGGCUCGAAAGCCUCAGGGUCAGAAACCACCGAAACCAAGUUUACCAAAGGUGAAGGCACUCUACGAUUACAGUCCACAAGACCUAGACGAGCUUGAAUUCAAAGAAGGAGACUUAAUCGAGGUGCUGAAGGAACAUGAAGGUGGUUGGUGGCAUGGAAGACUUAAAGGAAAAGCAGGACUUUUCCCCUCAAAUUACGUGGAGAAGAUAUAGAAGUACUGAGAAGUCGCAUUGUAUGCGUUGACCAAAAAUACGAGCAAGAUGUCACACGUUGAGUGUAGUACUAAUUGGUAGUUGGUACUCGUGUAUAUAUGUAGUAAGUAGAUUAACGUCUAGAGGGGUACUAGAAACUCAGUCAUCUAAUUUAAUGGUCUGCGAUUGCAUUUAACUGCAUCCCUACUGCCAAUGAAUGUAAUGUAAAAGAAAGAAAAACAGUCGUCACCUGAAAGAUUCGACGAUUCAAUUUACAGUUGCCUUAUUAUUGUUAAUUAUUGCACGGCAACGAAGCGUUGCUUUUUUUUUUUCUAAAUGUAUUUCGAACCUGUUUAAGAAUCGAACUACUGUAAUGUUUCGGAAAAAUAUUUUCUUUUUCUAACCGUUGUUACAUGCUUAUAGGAUUUCUAUAUUCAGAAAUACCACAAGAAUGUAGUCUUUUUAUAUAUUGUAUAUUUGAUGUGUUUUCUUUUUUCUAUCCGUAGAGAAGUGUGUACAGAACAAAAUAGCGUUUGGUACGGAUUUUCCAAAAUUUAUACACACUGAUAUACCGCAUCCAUAUUUCUACGUCACUAUAGGUGCGUAAUUUUAUCGAACAAAUUCCAAAGAGUCGUAGCAUGUAAGUUAGUCAAGAGUAAUGGGUGCAAAUGAGAUCAGUCAAAUUAUGUCAUUCUUUUACUUGCGUCUUUAUACGAGCAACGAUCAAUGGCUUAUACCAAAAAAGAAAACGACUAACUCUUGCGAACGUCAUAUUUAAAAGUCGAAAUAGAGGAGUCAAUGUUUAAGACAUAGCAUAACGUGCCCCACGGUUAAUUAUUGAGAAUGUUUUAUAAUUUAUUCACCCUAAUUACCAUGUAUUACGUCUAUUCCGGAUGUAUUAGUUUGUACAUCCUAGCUGACUAAAGAUGGGAUAUUUGUUCCUGUAAAUUUCUUACACUAAGUUGGGCGUAACAUAUCGCCAUCCCACAAUACAAACAAAUACUCCUUGUUCAUUUAAUAAACGAUGAAUAUGCACAGAAA